AAAAAAAAAAAAAAAAAAAAAAAAACUAUGGACGGACUCUGACAGCUGAAGAUACAAGCUGCUUUAAAAAGCUACUUCAUCCUCAGGUGCAGCAACUGAUGCGAAUACAAUGGCGGAAGGUCGGUGCACAGAGAAACAGCAGUCUGUUCUGAUCCAGAGAGUGGAAAUAAUGGAGUCUGUUAUAGAGCUGCUUUUGGAAACACUGACACAAUUGACAGACACGGAGUUCAAGAGGUUCAGGCAGUUUCUCCUGAGUGAAAUUGACUUUGACAGACCAUCCUCAAACAUCCCAUGGAGGCUACUCAUGAUGAGAGACAAGGAGGACACUGUGUUUUUAAUGGUGCUGAUCUACGGCGCACUGUCUGUAGAGAUGAUUAAGGAGCAUUUAAAGUAUAUGAGGAGGACUGAUCUGGAAAAACGUCUUCCUUACAGAAGCCCUUUACGCAAAAAGAGACACCAAUCUGCACUGAUCCAAAAAGUAGCAAUGAUGACAGCUGUGAAACAGGUGCUUUUGGAAACCCUGGAUGAUUUAAGUAACGACGAGCUCAAGGAGUUCCUGGAGUUGAUUGUCUCCCAGAAUAAUCUCCCAGGCAUGUCAUGGAUGAUGAGUAACACAGCAGACAUAGUGGAAGAGAUGGUGGAGACUUAUGGCCAACAGUCUAUGGAUUUAACCAGGGAGGUUGUAACGAAAAUGAACAGGACUGAUCUGAUGCAAAAAUUGUCCAAGCCCAGCUCAGGCCUCAAAGAGAAACACUCUGUGGAUGAACAUCAAGCUGCACUGUCAGAGAGAGUUCUUAAAAACUCACUCAAUGAUUUGAGUGUCGAGGAGCUCGGGAAAUUCAAGUGGUUGCUGCAGUUCACGUGCUUCAAGAAGGGGCUCCCUCACAUCUCAUGGAGCCAACUGGACCGGGCAGACACUGUAGAUGCACUAGUUAAUCUGAUGGUGGAGAACCAGCAGUCUGUGGAGGUGACCAAGGAGGUUUUAAUGGACAUGAACCGGAUUGAUUUGAUGAAGAGGUUGUCAGAGACCAGCUCAGGACUCAAAGAGAAACAGCUGUCUAAACCGAUCCAGAAAGCGGUAACCAUGACAUCAGUUGAAGAGAAGCUUUUGGAAACAGUCAAAGAUUUGAGUUCCGGGGAGCUGAUGGACAGAAGAGAUCUGUUCCAGGGCUUAUCAGACACCAGCUCAGGAUCCAAAAGGCCUUCAAAAAGCUUGGAGCCUGUGGGCUGUGGAAGCAAUGUUGAGGACUCCAGUGACUGGACCAAACUUGAACCUGAAGUGGACAGUACAGGUGCAGAUGAGGCUCCAAUUUACAGCCUACAGUCUGAAGCAGGAAGCUUUGAAUGCAACGUCUCGGGCUUUCGCUGGAUCUGUAAGGAAAAGGUCAGCUUUAAGUACCAGUUUUGCUCUUUGGAGGAACACAUGGAGAGGAUCAAAAGCAUGCAAUACAUGCCUGCAGGUCCCCUAAUGGACAUCACAGUCCUUGCUGGGAGGUUUUUUGAAGUGUACCUGCCACAUUGGAUCUGCAUAGUUGACAAUCCUACCAUAUUAGACAAGUUUGCAGUCCUACACAUAGAUGACUGUGGAGAUGUUGUGGAAAACGUGUCUGAGGUCACAUCGUCCCAUGUCAAGCUGUCUGAACCAGUUUUCUCUCUAAGAAUGGUCCUGGUGAGAUUCGGCCUUUCAAUCGAAGUAAACUGUAACGUGUCAAUAUUCAAGACCGACAUAUCAUUCCUCACACUCCAUGUUUAUCUGAUCCCACGUGAUCCUGGUCUACAACAGAAAUUGGAGCAGAGGGAAUUAUCCUAUGGAUACAAAGUAAUCCGAAAGCCACAUCCAGAGAAGUCCCUGAAAAUGAACGAUUGGUUCAUAUUAAGCACAGAUUUGGACGGUGCAGAAAUUUGUCCUCAGAAAUUAAUGCUCAGGUACGAAAGCACAGAGCCAAAUUUCUUUGAAGUGUUCAUUAACAAUCCAGACACAAACUUCCAUCUCAAUCUCACAAAGGAAAAUGAGCGUCAACCAGUAUGGACAUGUGCAAUUCGAAAAGAUGAAUACCAAAGCACUGUUCACAUACAAGAAACUCCAGGCCCAUCUAAUGCAGACAACGCUGUCAUCGCCACCCUGCAGUCAUGGGUUAGCUCCAUCCACACCACCGAUUCUUGCCUUCAAUCCCUAGAAAACGCUGGAGCUUCUACAUCAUCAUCAGAAACCAUGGGUCCAGAGACACGUCUGGAGUUCCCGGGCAUCACUCUUGAUUCAAUCGAAAACGUCCCUUUCAGUCGCCAAAGUUGA